AGGCCUAAGAUUGGUAUCUUGGUAGUCGACCCUUUUCUUUCUACACAGGGUCGAUAAAAGAAUGUCGAUAUGAUGAGCAGUCCACCUGUUCUGGAUGAGUUGGAUUGGGUUCCUCUCACCAACACUUUCUCUAAAAAUCUGUCCAAGCGUGAAGAUCAAGACUUUAAGUUCACUGUAUCUCGUGGAGCCUCUGACACUCUGUUACUGGUGUGCUUCAGUGGAGGGGGCGGUGAGGGUCGUGGGGGCGUGACCAAUGUUAAGGGGGAUCGAUUCGAGUUGAAAGAAGAGAUUAGUUUCGAUAAAUUCAUCACAUUACAUCAGCAAAUGGUUGAACUUUACCCGGGAGAAGUGACCUCUGACCUCCUCCCUCCCUUCCCUCCCGUCCCUACAGGUUUGUGGAGCUAUCUACUCUCAGUGGAUAUUCGGCCUGGUUUCUAUGACGAACUUGUCAGUUAUUUGAGCACUCUGUGUGAGCUGUGCUCCGUGGGGAAUGUGUUGGGAGUGUUCUUCCCUGAGGCAACCACCUCCGCUGUUAGUUACGAGGAACAGUGGAAUGAAGUGAAUAGGAAACGGUAUCAGGAUGAAGUGGAGGCAUGCCAGGCAGACUGGGACCACCUCCUCCAAACUAGAAUCGAUACUCAAUUCAAAAGCAUGGCCGAGCUUAAUUCGUACUACGAUUCUGAAGAUAUGACCGAGUAUUACCUGCUCAAAGCUGAGGAGAAACUACAUUACUUCCAAACCCAGCCAUUUCGAGAUCUUUGCGAGAUAACGUCUAAGCGACGGGACGAAGCUCACGUGAGGGCUCAAAAUAUUGAACUUGCCAUUUCAGAGCAAGUGAGAGCCCUGCAACAAGAGAGGGCAUACCACGAACAGUAUCUCGAAGCGAAUGAAUCACUUCACGAAUUAACCAUUGAACGUCUCCAUGUCCAAGCACAGAGGAUAGAGGGAGUACUCACGAGGAUAUCGGAGGACGAAUCAUUUGUGGGCAAGGCUUGGAACGCCCAGGCCAAACAGAGGAAGUAUCGUAUUGAGAAUAAACUAAACGGAGUGAUUGUGGAGCUCUUGCGUACGCAGUGUAAGAGACUGGCUGACCAGAAAGACAGGGCAUUACUAGACAUGGCUCUAGUUGAGGAGGGACCUGGCAUGGAAGUGGAGGUUAGAAAGAAGGAAGACGGUGUCUACCGGAUACAGCUGCGGGUGUUGGAGAUCCAGUUGCGUCUGCUCGAGGAAGAAGAGAGGAAGUUACGACUGGAGGAGCGCUACACAGAGGGGGUGGAGCAUGAGGGUGUGGCCAGGAGACUAGAGCACCUGCCUAGCAAAAUGUCCAAACUCAGGCUUAAAAUGCAAACGUGUAAGGAACAGCUGGAUGACCCCCACAAGCGAACCCUCAGAGUUCAGGAGAGCUACUCCGCCUCAUUCGCAGCAGUAAAGAAAGAGGAGGUACUAAAGAAGGAGGAGGAGAAACGAAAACUUGUGAUGAAGGAACAGCGACAGAAGACAAUUCAUCGAGUCAAACAAUACAUGGAGAGAAAUCCCACCCCCGUCAAGAAGCUGCCCCCGCGAUACCAACCCCCCUCUCAGAGAAAACAGAAGGUGAAGAAGAUCGAUAAGAAGGCCACACCCAUUGCCACACCCCCUUCAAGACUGAGUGAUCUUACUAAACUAACUAGGAGUGCCUACAACACUAAGUCUAAACCAACAACUACGGGAGAUAAACGCUCCUCCCAUAAGACCAUUCCUCCACGGUUGACACCACCACCUGUUCCUCCUGUACCAAGUAAUAUACAAGCCGUUGCUAACGCUGCUAAGGAUCUACCGCCCCCACCACCUCCACCCCUCUCACAGCCGCCCCCACCCCCUCCACCACCCUCACAGCCGCCCCCACCACCUCCACCACCCUCACAACCACCCAUUCCCAGCACAGCGAAGCAAGCACCAACCAAAAUCGUAAAAUCAAACAAAAAGAAGCCUGAAUCAAAAAGUACGAGUACUGUUGGUAUAAAUUUAAACGCCAUUGUCAAUGCUAGACAGAAACUAAAACCUAGCAGCUUUGGAAAGGCUCUGGAAUCUGGAGAAAUGACGGACACAUCUGCCGAGAUUGCUUGUCUGAUUAGAAGUGGAGCCAGGGCGGAGAAUUCAUCGCUAACCAACGACGCUGCUAGUUUCCUGAGGAAGCGAUUCGAACACAUCAAAGAUGUGACUGGACGUUCGGACAGCGAGGAUGACAGUGAUGGCCAGGAAUGGACUGAUGACUAGAUUUGAGUGUACAGUAUGUGUACUAUAUGUUGUGUGUAUAAUAAUGAAUGUGAUUCUCAGAUGCCGGUGAGAAGGCAUGU